AUGCCGCUGCGGGACACGGUGCCACGGCAGCAGAGGGACACGGUGCCACGGCAGCAGAGGGACACAGUGCCAUGGCAGCAGCGGGACACGGUGCCACGGCAUCAGCGGGACACGGUGCCACGGCAGGACACGGUGCCAUGGCAGCAGAGGGACACGGUGCCACGGAAGCAGAGGGACACGGUGCCACGGCAGGACACGGUGCCACAGCAGGACACGGUGCCACGGCAGCAGAGGGACACGGUGCCACGGCAGCAGAGGGACACGGUGCCACGGCAGCAGCGGGACACGGUGCCACGGCAGCAGAGGGACACGGUGCCACGGCAGGGCACGGUGCCACGGCAGCAGCAGGACACGGUGCCACGGCAGGACACGGUGCCACGGCAGCAGCAGGACACGGUGCCACGGCAGCAGAGGGACACGGUGCCACGGCAGGGCACGGUGCCACGGCAGCAGCGGGACACGGUGCCACGGCAGCAGCGGGACACGGUGCCACGGCAGCAGAGGGACACGGUGCCACGGCAGCAGAGGGACACGGUGCCACGGCAGCAGAGGGACACGGUGCCACGGCAGCAGCAGGACACGGUGCCACGGCAGCAGAGGGACACGGUGCCACGGCAGCAGCGGGACACGGUGCCACGGCAGCAGCGGGACACGGUGCCACGGCAGCAGCGGGACACGGUGCCACGGCAGGACACGGUGCCACGGCAGCAGAGGGACACGGUGCCACGGCAGCAGAGGGACACGGUGCCACGGCAGCAGCAGGACACGGUGCCACGGCAGCAGAGGGACACGGUGCCACGGCAGCACACGGUGCCACGGCAGCAGAGGGACACGGUGCCACGGCAGCAGAGGGACACGGUGCCACGGCAGCACACGGUGCCACCAGGAGCUCGGGGGUGA